CAACCCAUCUCUCUCUAGACUCUGAAAUCAAAUGAAGAAGAUGAAGACUGCCAUUUUCAAUCUUCUUCAAUGGAUCUUAUUUGGUGGGUUUCUAUUUCAAACAUGUUUCAGUUCUAAUGAUCAGAUUAUUAAUAGGGCAAGUUUUCCUAAAGACUUCACCUUUGGCACUGCUUCUUCAGCUUUUCAGUACGAGGGAGCAGUGAAAGAAGAUGGAAGAGGAUUGACUGUUUGGGACAAAUUUGCUCAUACAUUUGGCAAAGUUCUUGAUUUCAGUAAUGCAGAUGUUGCGGUUGAUCAAUAUCAUCGAUACAUGGAAGACAUUCAACUUAUGAAGGACAUGGGAAUGGAUGCUUAUAGGUUCUCGAUAUCAUGGUCCAGGAUAUACCCUAAUGGGUCAGGACAAAUUAAUGAAGCUGGAGUGUCCCAUUACAAUAAUUUUAUCAAUGCUUUAAUAGCACAUGGAAUUGAACCAUAUGUGACACUCUAUCAUUGGGAUCUUCCACAAGCUUUGGAGGAUAAAUACAACGGAUGGUUAGAUUCAAAGAUUAUAACGGAUUUCGCAAACUAUGCGGAAACAUGUUUUCAAAGAUUUGGAGAUCGAGUCAAGUAUUGGAUCACAUUCAACGAGCCUCAUACAUUUUCCAUACAAGGAUACGACGUAGGGCUUCAAGCGCCUGGUCGUUGUUCCAUCCUUCUUCAUUUGUUUUGUAGAGCGGGAAACUCUGCGGUCGAGCCUUAUAUAGUUGCACAUAACGUCCUACUUUCUCAUGCAACCGUCGUGGAUAUUUAUAGGAAGAAUUAUAAGCAAAAGCAACACGGAACCAUUGGAAUAUCACUCGAUGUAAUUUGGUUUGAGCCGAAAACCAACUCCACAGAUGAUAUUGUAGCGACACAAAGAGCGCAAGAAUUUCAGCUCGAUUGGUUUCUUCGACCUUUGAUGCUAGGGGAUUAUCCAAACUCGAUGAUCGAAAGAGUAGGAAGUCGAUUGCCAAGAUUUAGCCACGAUGAAUCUCUACUUGUCAAGGGAUCCUUAGAUUUUGUUGGAAUAAACCACUACACAACAUUCUAUGGCUCAAACAAUACCGCAGCCAAUUUAGUAGGCGUUUUACUCAAUGAUACUCUUUUGGACUCCGGUGCCACGACACUUCCGUUCAAGAAUGGGAAACCUAUCGGAGACAGGGCAAAUUCGAUAUGGUUGUACAUAAUUCCUCAAGGAAUAAGAAGUUUGAUGAACUACAUCAAGCAAAGAUACGGAAACCCUAUCAUCAUCAUCACCGAAAAUGGGAUGGAUGAUCCAAAUAGUCCGUUUAUCUCUAUUAAAGAUGCUUUAAAAGAUCAAAAGAGAAUCAAAUACCACAACGAUUAUCUCACGAGCUUGCUUGCGUCUAUCAAGGAAGAUGGGUGCAAUGUGAAGGGCUAUUUUGUGUGGUCAUUGCUCGAUAAUUGGGAAUGGAGCGCAGGAUAUACUUCACGUUUCGGUCUCUACUUUGUGGAUUAUAAAGACAAGCUUAAGAGAUAUCCUAAGGACUCUGCAAAGUGGUUCAGCAGCUUCUUGAAUAAUAAUAACAAAUAAAUUUGACUUGUCACAUUUUAAUAUAGAUGUUGCUUAGAUUGAUGAAGUUGAUUCAAAUGAAGGGUGGAAAGAGACCCCUUUCUAUUAAAGAAGCUUUAGACACUAAGGUUUUGUCCUAGUUGGGCAAGUUUUUAGUGUUUCUUUUAAUUUGAUGUCAUAUAUGUCCUAAACUAAUUUUGUUAAGAUAAAUAGAUAAAAUUGGUUUAAGUA